UUCUAUUGUGUUGCAGCUCGAGGUGGCGUUUAGGCCAGGAAUUUACCGAGCCCAUUGACGAGUACGUCCGGUACUAGGAAUGAAGGAAAAAGGAUUGUGUAGAUUAGUUACAUUCGCUCCAGUUACGGAAGCCCACUGCAAGUGUUAAGUGUCAACCCACGGGCUGACACUUACUCAGCACUUUCACAACAGCGAACAAACGACGUGAUGAUCAACCUCUACUUCCUGAAGCAGCUGCAGCAACAGCAACGAAGGGCAGCGGAGCGCCUCUCAGUCGCCCCAAUGCACAUCACGAAGGAUAUGGUUGAGCUUGACCUUCACGCCCGAACUGAUGAACCUUAAGGUAAUGAUCUGUCCGGACGAAGGUUUCAACCAGAACGUUGGAUUCCUGUUCAACAUUCUCAUAGCUAGGAUGAAUUGCAAGACUCGGGUCUACAACCUCAACGUCGACCACAGUGGCAACUUGGGUCUUAACAUUCUCCGCAAGGCAUGAAUGAGGGGGCUGAUGGUUGGCGUGAUCGUGUUGGGUCAGCAGUUCUCCUUCCUCGAGUUAAACACCGAGGACCCGCUCGACAGACAGGCUGCUCAGGGGCUGUUUCACAACUGGAAGCGGUCUCGGCACGUCCGAAAUGUCAUGUGCAGAGGAUGCGUCGGCAAGGUUCUGACCCUGCUGGCUUGUGCAGCGCUAGCUGUGGCCGGCUCGAGAAGUGCGAGUCGAGGCUACUCCACACCAACUGCCGGCUACGGCGAUUCGUCGUACGGUUCGUACAAAGGAAGCAAGGCGUCCCGGCUGUCGUACGCUUCCUAUCCCGGCGACGUGCAACAGGGAGACCUCGCCGGCCUGGGCGCUCCUAAGGUGGCUAAGGGCAUCCUGCUCUCCAUCCGCGUCGUGAACCCCGACGAGAGCUCGGGCCAGCCCUCGUACGCCGCCCAAGUGCCCAUCCACUUCUCCGGAGGGCGCGUCACCACGGGGCCCGUCGUGUACGGCCGCGAGCAACCCUGCCCCGAGGACCACGUGCACAGGAGCCGGCAUCUGCAAGGCAUCGUCAGCAGCUACCACGGGGGCGGAUCGCGGGGCAGCCGCGCCUACUCUCCCGCUCACUACCAGAACGCACUGUCGGCUGCCAAAAGCUACAGCGUCAGCCAGCAGAUUCAGGUUGGUGUACCAAGCAAUGCCAAGACGUACCAGUACCACGGCCAGUCGUACGCCGUGCCAGUGAGCGCCGUUCCAGCCACGGCGUCUCAGGAGGACGCCAAGUCGUACGUCGCGUACGCCGGUCAGUCGUCCGGCCCCCAGUACCAGCAGAGCUACCAGGUCGUCCAGGCUCCGUCGGCCGCAUAUCAGGGUGGCGCUGUGUCGCAAGGCAUUGGUGACGGAAAGGCAUAUGCUGGAACCGCUUACACGCACGGAGGACAGGCUUACCAGGUCGUCGCCCAAGGAGGUGACGGCCAAGAGCACGUCUACGUGACGGCGCAUCCCGGUGCGCAUGGUGGACACGGAGGUGCCACGGCCGUCGCACAGAAGAGCUACACGCCGUACGGAGUUCAGGAGGCGUACAGCGUCGAGGCGUCACCCGCCAAGUCAUACAGCGGAGAGACGGGGGCGUCAGGCAACGCCAUCAGCGGGCAGCAGGCAUCGUACGAGGUUACGGACGCGGGACACGGUAAAGGGGGAUACGGACCGGGUGGCCCCGCUGGAUACGCGGCUGGCCCGGGCUACGCCGGCGGACCGAGCUACGGUGGCGGCGGCCCAGGUGGCGCUAGCUACGCCACCGUAGUGGGAAGCGGAUACACGGCUACUGCUGGACCCAGCUACGGCGGCUCGGCAGGACCACGCUACGGAGGGGGGCCGGCGGCUGCUGGCGGAUACGAGAAACCGGCGUACCAGGUGGCUGCCAUCUAUCCAGGAGCUCAGCCGACGUACGGCGUCAACGCAGCGGCUUUCAAGGCGGCCGCCGCGGCAAGGGCACACGGAGGCUACGGAGGAAACGGAGGCAGCGGCGGAGAAGAGCAGACCAUCAUCGUGGCCGCGGACGCACCUUCCGGCGGAGACGGCAGUGGCAAGUCGUACACGUCGUACCAGGGAGCAGCGGGACCGUCCUAUCAAGUGGCCAACGCAGCGGCUCAAUCGUACAAGCCCGGACAACAGCAGCAGCAGCAGUACGCCGGGCCGCAUCAGCAGGCGUACAGCCGGUACCCCAACUCCGGGUCCUAUUACUCUGGAACCUCGUUCGCGGAAGCCAACAGACUCGCCCUACAGAAGUACAAUGCUCUCAUGAGCCGAGCAGCGUCUUUAGUUGGUGGCCCACAAAAUCUUGAGGCCGUUGCGGCGCGGUACAACAUCCCCUGGAACUGGUAGGUACUUAUACACAAUUGUCGCACGCAUGCUAGUUGACAGGGUCAGGCACACGAUGAGUCAGAGUUUAUUUUCAACCAGACCUGAAUGAAAGAGUACUUACAAUGCAUAGGGGAUUUUCACAUUGGAGACUCGGUUAACGUUGAGCCGUCGUACUUCGCUAGAGAUAAAAUUGGCGCCGUCUGCACACUACCACUGCUUUUUUUUAUUUCUAAGGUGCAGUAAACGACGAAUAUAACGUGCUGCUUUGUGAGGUAACGGUUUCAUAGGCAGCUAAGAAAACGAAUGUAUAAUUAAUGUUACUCCGCAUGAUUUAGUUGAAUACUAUAGUAGGGUUGUCGUGUUCUGAAAGCGUUCGCCAUACGGACCCACGGUGUCACGAUGCCUUGCCGGUUUUCUACUCACUUGCUUUAACGCCUCAUUCAAAGGCAAACGUCUCAUGAUCCUUCAAUGAGAAUACCCAUAGUGAUUUGUUCAAGAGUCGUAUCUGGUCGUAUGGAGUGCGAAUUUCCUUUAUUAUUACUCGCGGCAGAUUUGGAAGCGCUGUUGUGAAACAUUUAGUUGACUUAGCUUUCUUUCGAAGGUGCCAGUAGAAAUUAUUCGAUGUGUUUUAUGGAAUCACGUCCUUCCACUUGUAGGGCACUGAACAAAGGAAGGAAGGAAAUAUUCUGCAAAUAUUCAGAGUCUCUCUAGCAUAGCUGAUUUACAACCCGAUAUUUAUCCUCCUUGGUCACUUUCAAAGAAGCAAAGUUGUCGUUUCCAGCAACGCUGGUGUGCGCAGCACGACAGAAUGUACAUUUUUGUACGCUUUGCCUGAUGGUGACCAAAUUCGUUCAAAACACUAACAAACUCUCAACUGCGCUAUCAGUUUUCGGAUAACCUAAAUUACAAAAUAAUGUGAGAAACAUCAAAAUAUAAGUAGAACUGGCACAAUUUUGUGAAUGUUAAAUUCAGCGCUUAGAAUCAAACUUAAAUAUGGUAAUAAUUCACAGUCACGCCAUCCAUAAUGAUAACGUAUCUGUCCAGCAACCCGCAAUAAGAACCGUUACUUAAUUUGCUGGACGACGUGAAAACUGCCGGCUUUAAAGAACACCGCCUCGCGCACAUCUCCAAGUUUCUUUAAAAAGCACGCUAACUGUACAGGAUGGGCACAGAAAGAAUUUCAGUGUCAGAACACAAAUAAUACAACUGUGCGAUAACAGAAAAAAAGCGUCUUUAUAUUUGUGGUACUAUUCAGUAAACGCGGUGUGAGCUAAAUAGCACAUGUGAAAAGCGCACUUCAAACAAGUGUUCGUAAAUGUUUUAUAUGUUUUUUGAAGGACCGCUCAGCCAGAGGUUCGUUAAGUGACAAGUGACCCUCAAUGCCAUGGCAUUUCACUCCCGACACCCCUUACUUUUGCCGUAUUUUCGAAUUAUUGACUUCCCAGUCUUUCUACAUGGUUGUUGUCCACGGGAAUUACUCUAAAAAGGCAACAUGGCAUGGAUAGCAGCUUGUCAGUCAGGUGGUCUGAAGCUAGGUUUUGUGUCCAACUGCUAGACCCUAGAAUGAGAGCAAUACCUUUUUUGCUGGACGCUACACACCUGAAAUCUAGAAGUUCUUGCUCUGCGACAUGAUCGUCUCUUACUGAAUCUUUGGAUAGGAACCAUCUUGUCGUUCAUUCCAACUACGAUAGCUCAGAUUUUCGCAUGUGAUGUCAUGCAGGUAGUCUCAGUUACUGUGAAUUAUGUUGGUUUUCGUUUCCCCAUCCAUUGCACAGUUCAUUGCAGACCAAUAUUUUGGAGCAACAGACGCAUUUUCCGCCAUGUUGAUUAAAUUUAGGAGUCUAUUUCAUCAAUCAAAACGUAAUUAAAUGUAGCGAACACUUUCUUUUUUACUAUAUAAGGAGCACCUUGCCUAUUCGCCUAGGUUAAUUCAAUGGGCAUUUGUUGCACACUUAACCAAGCGUGGAUAUUUUCCGCCAUAUACUAUAUCAUACUAGUAAACAAAGCGCUAUAGAUUACAGGUAAUAACCACUUAUGGACUGUUGCUUACAGAUGGACCAAAGUAUGAAAACAUGGGAAAAGAAAACUAAUAUGGGGUGACCAGGCGCCGCCUCAACAAGCCACUCAACCACAUCCAUUGACGACUAAAAGGGGAAAAAAAAGAAAACACGUGCUACUUGUAUAGAAGUGGCCACGGUGGUUGCCGGGAAACCCUUGUACAGU